AUGAUUCGGCAUGCACUUCAGGAAGACGGCCAUCGCAUCUGGGGGCUUGUCAUCUACCGCUGCACCUAUAAAAGCGAUGCCGACUGGGAUGAAUUCAUGAGACGUUUACACUGGCGCAUCCGCGAUGUGCUAGAGUUUUACCAGGGGCUUGAUUUGAUGGACAGUCUUGGCCUCACUGUCUUGGAGGACCGGUCUCUUUUCGACGGUGCGACCACCUCCACCGUCCGCAACCACUUUAGACAAUGGGCUGAAACUGCUGUUGAGGCAGAGCAAGGUGUGGGCGCCUGCCAACGCAGAUCCCAGCGAUAUCGAUACUGCAUUCAGGUGGAUGAGGAGGCAUUAGAUUCGGUUGUCCACAAGGUCCCAGCACCUUGGGAGGAGAUAUGCUGUAACAAUGUGGGCUAUGUCAAUUUCAUUGACAAGGAGUGGGAGCCGUAUGGCCCGGUUUAUUAUGAAGAUGAGUAUGACAGACUUGUAGAGGACCCUGAGGAGCCGAUCGAGGGCUGUACGCUUCACAAUGUGGGUUGGAUGAAAGUGCAUUAUGACACGGUCAUGGUGUGCAAGUACAAUUACAUGCGCGAUGAGUUGGCGUGGGAUUGGGAGUAUCGUCGUCCUCCUAAUUUCGGACUCCGUUAA